AUGCCUUCCACUUUGUGGAUUCUGGAGAUCGAAUACAAGUCGUCAGGCUUCGCAACAAACCACCCCAGUCAGGAAACAGUGACCUUUGAGGAUGUGGCCGUGAACUUCAGUGAGGAAGAGUGGGCCUUGCUGGACAUUGUCCAGAAGAAUCUUUACAGAGAUGUGAUGCAGGAAACCUACAGGAACCUGACUUCCAUAGAAACAGAAUGGGAACAGUGGGAUUUAGAAGCUUACUACAGAAGUCUAAAGAGAAAUCUCAGAAUCCAAGUGAUAAAGAGAGACCGUGAACUUACAGACAAUGGCCAGCGUAGAGAAUCUGUAGCCCAGAAUCCCUUUGGUAUCACCAACAAAACACCUGAACCCACACUUUCUGCACAUCACAUCAGUCAGUUAUCCCUAAAGAGGCACGUUACAUUCAACUCUAAACAAAGACCAUGUGACUACCAGAAGUAUGUAAAGAAAUACUGUGAAUGCAAAGCAUGUGGUAAAAUCUUUAUGUGUCCUAUCUCCCUUAAAAACCAUGAAAAGCUCCACACUGGAGAGAAACCUUACAAAUGUUUGCAUUGUGAGAAAGCAUUUAGUUAUCGCUACUGUGCUGAAAGGCACAUGCUAACUCACAGUGCAGACAGGCAUAAAUGCAAGGUGUGUGGGGAAACAUGUCCUAGUGCUGAAGCCCUUCGGGCACAUAAAAUCAUUCACUCUGAAGAGAUACCUAAAUGUAAGGACUGUGGGAGAAUGUUCUGGACUUCCAGUUCCCUUGAGGUCCAUAAGAGGCUUCAUACAACAGAAAAACUUUAUGAAUGUAAACACUGUGGGAAGACGUUCAAGAGUUACUGUUCCUUUCAACUACACAAAAGAAGUCACACUGGGGAGAAGCCUUACGAAUGUAAGCAGUGUGGGAAAACCUUCAGACAUUCCAGCCAUGUUCAAGCACAUAAGAGAAUUCAUACUGGAGAGAAACCCUAUGAAUGUAAGCAGUGCGGAAAGACCUUUACUUCUGGCCAUUGUGCAAGAAGACAUUUAGGGACACACAGUGGAGCCUGGCCUUACAAAUGUGAGGUAUGUGGAAAAGCUUACCCUUAUGUUUAUUCACUUCGAAACCAUGAAAAAUCCCAUGCCAAAGAGAAACUUCAUGAAUGUACACAGUGUGGGAGAGCCUUUAAAUAUGUUGCUUCCUUACGAAACCAUUUGACCACUCACACUGGAGAGAAGCCAUAUGAAUGUAAGGAGUGUGGGAAAGCCUUCAGCUGUUCAAGUUACAUGCAGAAUCACAUGAGAACACACAAUAGACAGUCCUAUAAAUGUGAAGAAUGUGGUAGGGCAUUCUCUUACUCCAAAAGUCUUCGUAGACACAUGAAUAUACACAGUCACUUGGUGGAUGGCAAGUAUGAGUUAGAAGGGAUUGAGUAUAAGUAGAAGAGCUCCACACAUUCAAGUUCCUCAUAGGUAAGAAUGAGCCUAUGAGUAUAGUAUGUGUUGGAAAGUCUGCAUUGGUUUCAGAAGUGUGUGCCGUAGUUUAUGUCAGCCCUGUAAGUGGAAAGCAUUGUGAGGAAGUAUUUUGGCACUGAGAACUUGGUGGAAAUGAAUACUAACUGAAAGCUUUUUGCCCAUCCUUGUUAGCACACGAGGGAAGAAAUCUAUCCCUGUUAGCUGUAUGGGAAAUUCUUGUCUUGAAUGUCAGCAGUGUGGGAAAGUCUUCAAUAAGCUCUACUGCAGACCCAGACUCUGUAAAUGGAGGAGUACUUGGAUUCUUCCAAUGUUAACAUUUCCAAACCCCCAAAUCUCAUAAAACCUGCUGAUUCCAAUGCUCCCCAGAAGCCACAAUUCUGAUAGUGUCCUGAGGUCUUUCUCAGUAGCUCACUGAUAGUGUCAGUAUACUGUGGAUUUCCAAUUCUUUUUUUUUUUUUUUGGUUUGUUUGUGUUUCAAGACGGGCCUUCUGUUGGUAUUUUGGUUUAGUUAUACAUGUUUAAUCAACAGUUUUUCAGUGAUUUUGUGAUUAAUGGACCAAUAAAAAGAUGACUUUGUAAAUGUCCAGAUUUUGUUAUAUGCCUCAGCUAGUUAUGGCUGUACCCUAUCAUUUAUGUAUUCCAUAUUUGUUUUCUAAUAAAAAAUGUCUU